AUGGGUGAUUUGAUUAAGAACUGUUCGGAAAACGGUUUGGGUGCGAUAAAUCUCUACAAAGAUUCGGUAGUCCUGAUCAGUGGUGGGACAGGGUUUAUUGGAAAGGUGUUGAUUGAAAAGCUGCUGCGGAGUUUCAAUGUGAAGAAAAUCUAUCUGUUGCUUCGUGAGAAACAAAAUGUUAAAUUCAAAACUCGAUUGAAGGAAAUCUUCCGGGAGCCGAUUUUCAACGUAAUCAGAGAAAGCCAUCCGGAUCCAGCGAGUGUGUUUUCUAAAGUGAUUGCCGUUGAUACAAAUUUUCAAAACGAAAAGAUCAUUAGUGCCGACGAUAUGAAACUUCUAGAAGCUGAAGUAACGAUCGUGUUCAAUGUGAUGGCUUCAGUGAAGUUUAACGAGAGCAUCGAUUCUGCCUUGGAUACUAAUGUGGUUUGUUCUCGGAAAUUGUUCGAUAUUGUAAGUAAGAUGGCUCAGGUGCGAUCUGUCGUUCACGUGUCCACAUUUUAUUCCAACUGUAACCGAUCGCGAAUAGAAGAGCGAAUAUUUGAAGACAUCCCUUUCGGUGGUUACAGCAACUUGUUGGAGAUCCUGAGCCACCUGCAAGAAAACGAGAAGAAGUGCUUGACGCCAUCGAUUCUUGGAACUAUGCCUAACAGCUACACCUUCAGCAAAAAAUGCGCCGAAGCCAUGAUCCAGCAAAGUUAUGCACACCUUCCUAUUUGCAUUUUUCGGCCUCCGGUAGUGACGUCCGCCUACCGGGAACCAAUCCCCGGUUGGGUGGACAAUUUCAACGGAAUCUCGGGGAUGUGUGUACCGAUGAUUCAGGGAAAAUUCUACUGCUGCAUGGCGGAGCGAGAAAUUGCUAGCCAUACCGUACCGGUGGAUUACUGUGUAGCUGCGAUGCUGGCCGUGGGUGCAGAACGGGCCAGAACACGUGGAGAAGCCACUGGAACUGUGCCAGUAUUCAAUUACGCUACCGAUGUGAACAACAUACGGUGGGGUGAUUUUGGAAAAUGGAUUUCAAAAGGAUGCGAGUCUUUGUUGGGUCGACUGUUUGGACGCUACGCUCUCGUAUUGACAAGUUCCCGCUUUCUUCGGCAAAUGUUCGUCUGGUGGUUCAUUUUGCAGGCCGUUGCCGCCGACUUGCUGCUAGCAUUUUUGGGAAAGAAACGACAACAUUUGCGUACGGUGAAACGAUUGUUUGCCCUGGAGGACGCGGCUCGAUACUUUGCCAUGCACGGAUGGACCGUUCAGAAUGACAAUAUGCGCCGAGUAAUGAAUCGGAUGAACGAUGAGGAACGAAACCUACUGAAGCUCGAUAUUGAUCGACUGGACUGGGACGAUUAUUUCAAGGACUUUCUACCGGGUGUAAAAGCGGCUUUGGCGAGGAGUUAUCAGCGAAGGCUGAGCCGAUUGGGGGGAUAGUGGUUAUAUAAAUAAAUGUAUUUUAUUUCAAAAUAAGAGGAUA